AUGACUGUCAAUAUCUCUGAACCUUCUGCACGUGGAACUGAUCUGUCUCAAGGUCCUCCUGCAACAAAGGCCGUGGUCAAUGUUCCCAAAUCUCGAUGGUUCAUCCCCAAAGAGAUGCAAAACGACAUGUUGAAUACUGGCCUUUCCGAGGAAAUUAGAAUUGAGGUGUUAAACACCGGCUGGGAAUACACCCGCGCUGUGAUCCCCAUUUGGUCAAACUGGGCGCGCUACCUCGCUUUCGCACGAAUCUUGACCGCAGAAUUCACCUGCGAAUUCUGCGGUGACCUAUUCCGCCCCGAAGAGACCGAUGAAAUGGUGGGAUAUAACCUGCAGGAGCAAGUCGAUAUCUUGUUUGGUGGUACACCACUUCACAAAGAAAUGGGGCGUGAAAUUCGUUCCUUCUUUGUAUCGGUCUCUGAGAAAGUCAGCAGUGCCAAAGACGGCUCUGACCUAUUCCGACGUCACACGAAUGCGCUUGGACAUUCCGCCAAGGACUACUACCGACUUAGAGACUGCGAUGGUACUAUUCGCUUCACUAUGGCUGCAGCAUUGGCUUGUAAUGACAUAGAUAUGUCUAAGCACUGGUUUAACGAGGAACAAAUCCAACUUUUGGCCGAGAUUUGUCUCGGAUUGUAUGAUUCCGUCGCAUAUUUCAAGCAUAGGGCGGAAGGAGAGAUUAGCAACUUCUUCGCCUAUGUCGAGGGGGAUAUGCGUCUCGAGAUGACCCAUCUGUACCGUGAGCUUCUGUGGGCUCUCGAGGCAGCCUGGGCAACCAAACCAGAGAGCACCUAUGUCACCAACUUCAUGCGUCACGUGGGUGGCACCAUCCAUAUGACGAUGAGAAGGUACCGCUUCAUCGAAGAUGGGCUUACAAUUGGAAGACCCGAAACCGUCCAGGUGGUAGAAGGAACCCGCAAUAAUGUUAAUCUGUGGUACCGUGUCGAGCCCAACACCAAGGUGAUCAAAGUGGAUAGGUACCCUGGAUGGGUUGCCCUGAAGGAGAGGUUUAUGUUUGAAGGUCUCGCUGAGUGCCUCGACCGCUCUGAGGCUGAUGAGUGCCCGGAUUGUGUUCGUCGUGAUGACUAUGGUGCUCAGGAUAUUUACCAAUUCGGGGGGGUUGCUUUGUGUGCUAAGUGCAAACAGGAAUGGAUUGACUACGUCCGCUGCCUCCCAGCUCGAGCCGCGAAAUUGUUCCCAGAGUUGAAGAAGUUGCCAGAAUACUGGGACUAG